AUGUCACAACUCACUUCAGGAACAGCCUCCGUGCAAGGAGCCAACUUCUCAGCAGUGACUGAAUUCAUCCUCCUCGGCUUCUCCACCUUCCCCCACCUUCAGCUGAUGUUCUUCCUGCUCUUCCUGCUGAUGUACCUGUUCACGCUGCUGGGGAACCUGCUCAUCAUGGCCACCGUCUGGAGCGAGCGCAGCCUCCACACCCCCAUGCACCUCUUCCUGUGCGCCCUCUCCACCUCCGAGGUCCUCUACACCUCCGCCAUCAUCCCGCGCAUGCUGGCCGACCUGCUCUCCACCGCCCGCUCCAUCUCCUUCAGGGCCUGUGCCAGCCAGAUGUUCUUCUCCUUCACGUUUGGCUUUACCCACUCCUUGCUGCUCACCGUCAUGGGCUACGACCGCUACGUGGCCAUCUGCCACCCGCUGCGCUACAACGUGCUCAUGAGCCCCCGGGGCUGCGCCUGCCUGGUGGCCUGGUCCUGGGCUGGAGGCUCAGUCAUGGGGUUUCUGGUGACAUCUGCCAUUUUCCACCUCCCCUUCUGUGGCCCUAAUGUGAUCCACCAUUUCUUCUGCCAUGUGCCUCCGCUAGUGAAGUUGGCCUGUGGGGACAACGUCUCUACCGUGGCCAUGGGCGUGGGCCUGGUGUGUAUCGCCGCCCUGCUGGGCUGUGGUCUCCUCAUCCUCCUCUCUUACGCCUUCAUCGUGGCUGCCAUCUUGAGGAUCCCUUCAGCCGAGGGCCGGCACAAAGCCUUCUCCACGUGUGCGUCCCACCUCACCGUGGUGGUCGUGCACUACGGCUUUGCCUCUGUCAUCUACCUCAAGCCCAAGGGUCCCCAGUCUCUGGAAGGAGACACAGUGAUGGGCAUCACCUACACGGCCCUCACUCCCUUCCUGAGCCCCAUUAUCUUCAGUCUCAGGAACAAGGAGCUGAAGGAAGCCGUGAAGAAGACCUUCCUCAGCAAGCUCUUUCUCCAUAGAUCCUGA